ACAGUUGUCUUCAAUCACUGGCAAGAUGAGGACUGUCCUGGUACUAGCGGUUGUGGUUGGUCUGGCUGUAGCCGGACAUAUUCCCAUCUACCACAGGGAUAUCAGCAAUACAAAGUUCGAAAAUGUUGACGCGGUUACCGCUCAGCAUCAGUACCAGGUUUUGGAAUUUUUCGAAAACUGUAAACAAAUUAAUACCGCAGCUGGCUAUUAUAAAGUCGGCCAAGAGUACAACAUUAAAGCUAAUGUUCAAAAUUACAAAAAACCCGAGGUAGUGUCAACAUUCUUCUCAUUCUAUGAACAAGAUGACUUCUUACCUACACAUGAGAUAUUCUCAGUUUUCAACCAUAAUAUGAGACAACAAGCCAAAGCACUGUACGAUUUAUUCUACUACGCCAAAGACUUUGACACAUUCUACAAAACAGCUGCUUGGGCGCGCGUGCAUGUCAGUUUGUCAAUGUUCACUUACACAUUUUAUGUUGCUGUUGUCCAACGUGCUGAUACUAAUGGACUCGUCCUACCUCCGUACUAUGAAGUAGCUCCUGAUUUUUAUGUUAAUACUGAUAUUGCUACUAAAAUUUACUACGGUAAGUCACGAGGAGAGCCGUUCGAAGAAUUCCCCGACUAUGGCGUCAUCAAAGAAGGCAAUUAUCAUUACUACUACCAAAACUACUCUAGCUACUUCACUUAUGGGGAUGAACAUAAACUGGCUUACUUUACCGAAGAUAUCGGUUUGAAUAGUUUCUAUGCCUACUUCCACGUUAUUAUGCCAUUCUGGCAGGAGGGUGAUCAAAUCGCUCAUGGUAUCUUCAAAGAACGUCGUGGUGAAAUUUACUAUCACUUCUACCAACAGUUUUUGGCUCGUUAUUACUUAGAGAGACUUUCAAACGAUAUGGGUGAGAUCCCAACCUUCUCAUGGAAUCAGCCAUUCAAAUAUGGAUACCGUCCAUUCAUGGCGACAGUAUUUACACCUUUUGCGCAAAGGAGUGACAAUUACAUUAUGCAAAAUGAGUACAACUAUGAAGAUUUACAAUUUGUCAGCAACUAUGAGAACAUGUUCAUGCAAUUCCUUGAACAAGGCCAGGUCAAUGCUUUCAAUAAACAAAUAGAUUUUGCAAACUCAAAAUCCAUCAAUUUCGUGGGCAAUUACUGGCAAUGCAAUCCUGAUCUUUAUGAGAAGCUUUCAUCGCAUCGCCACUACCAUAAUUCUUAUGAAAUGGCAGCUCGUCGCAUUCUUGGUGGUGCUCCUAUUAAUUACCAAUAUGGAGAAGAGUAUUUAUAUCCACCAACUGCAUUAGACUACUACCAAACUUCCGCUCGCGACCCGGCAUUCUAUCAAAUGUACAACAAGAUAUUUGAUUUCAUGUCGCAAUAUAAGCAAUAUUUGCAACCUUACACUCAGCAUGAUCUCCAUUACGUCGGCGUUAAGGUUAAUAAUGUUCAAGUAAGCAACCUGGAAACUUAUUUCGAUUUCUACUCUUUCAAUGUAUCCAAUAUGGUCUUCUUCACAAACCAAGAAGUAGUCUCGGGAACUGAUCAACAAUAUGCUGUUGUACAACCUCGUCUAAAUCACGAAUCCUUCACUAUUAAGAUCUCUGUAAAAUCUGAUGUCGAAGAACAAGCUACUUUUAAGGUUUUCAUCGGUCCAAAAUACGAUAGUUAUGACGUUGAAAUUAACAUUGAAGACAACUACAUGAACUUUGUAGAAUUAGAUAUGUUCUCGCAAAAACUUACCAAGGGCGAGAAUGUGAUUGUGCGUAAUUCUAAUGAUUUCUUCUUCUACAAAGAGGAUUCAAUGUCGAUUGGUGAAAUUUAUAACUAUUUAGGACAAGGAAAAUUGCCUCAUGAUAUGAUAUACAACUAUGAUGAUUUACCUGAGAGGCUUAUGCUACCAAGAGGUACAAAGAGUGGAUUCCCUCUGCAAGUAUUCGUUGUUGUGUACAAGAGCCAAGGAGUACCCCACGAGACCAAUAAAGAACAUACGUUCUUCUUUGAUGAAAAGCCUCUAGGUUAUCCAUUCGACCGCCCCGUGACCAAGUAUUUCAUGCAGCCCAACAUGUAUAUGCAGGAUGUCGUCGUUCAUCAUAGAGGUAGCGAAUAUCCUACAUCUUUUGACGUUGUAAAGCAAUAUGUAACAGUCUCUCAGCAUUAGUUAUGUUUAACAUUAACUGC